AUGAAAAGACAAGCAAAUAUACCACUGGAACAUGGUGACAAACACAGCAAGAGCACUGGACGUAAUGAUCGUCUCAAGACGUACCCGCAACUGUUUGACAAGGCGUUUCCUUACUUUAGAGAACCGGUAGAGAAUGGAUGUUUUAGUUUAGAUGCCAGAAGACAGUUUCGGCACGACUCAAGUCAGUUGAGGGUGUUUUCUCCUCCUGCUGACUGGAAGAGAUGUUUAUUUGAUUUGAGAAGUGGUUAUGGUGAUAUGAUAAAGCGGGAUGAAACCAAGAAAGAGUAUUUGGACGAUCUACUUCGGUGGAUUAUGUGUAAUAAACACAAGUUUAUGUCUCGCCAGAAAUUGGAGACAACUUCAGACAGCAAAACAUUGAAACAUGGAACAGAACAGGCAGAUAUUCCUAAUGUAUUUGACAGUCUCAAUACAGAUUUUAUUUGCUGGAGAGGGCUUCUGACUCGUCUUCUCUGCAUCCCUUACGAGAAUCGUGAAGACUUGUUGGUGGCGGUUGUCCGCUUCAGAGGGACAUAUUUCAUGUGUGAGUUCGACACAGAAAGGAAAAAACAGGAGGUUCAGGAGAGGACUCCAAAACAGGAAGAGAUGUGUGCCUGGGGGUUCAAGUUUGAGCAGUAUGUGACAGCAGACAAAAGUAGCGGUGCCAGAGACACAAAAUUACGUGUAAAUACAAAUACGGCAUUUUGCAGCGUUGCUCGAUCCCGUCUUGGGUCACAUUCCAUUGUGUUUGGGGCUGAGGUGGACUGUCAAGAUGGGAACAGUAAGAGAGGAAACGUUUACGUUGAGUUAAAGACAUCACGUGUGAUUGAAUCACAAAGACAAUAUGAGAACUUCUGCAAGUUCAAACUCAUAAAGUGGUGGGCUCAGAGCUUCCUGAUUGGUAUCCCACGGAUUGUGUGUGGCUUCCGUGAUGAUAAUGGAGUAGUCCAGACUUUACAGAAUUACCCAGUUCAUGAAAUUCCAGCUAUGGUGAAAGCGUGUGUUCGCCAGCCAUGGAAGCCCUCUGUCUGCUUUAAUUUUCUAGAAGCCUUCUUGCAGUUUGUCAAAGCUAACAUCACCACCGACGAUGAGAGGUGUGUGUACCUGUUCCGGUGGCAGCCAGGAUCUGAUGUCAUCUGUCAGAGACAAGGAGAUGAUCCAGAGUUCUAUUUUCUUCCAGACUGGUUUACUUCGUGGGACGCCUGGGGUACCCCUCUUUCCCAGGAUCACCAGUAA